AAAACGCAGUACCGUCAUCAAGAGUACCCGUCAUAAACAUUUGGUCUCUUGAAUAGUGUACAUCGAAUUAUUUCAUAGUUUCCAUCCGACUUCAAUAUGUAUUCUUCCGAUUGUGGUGUACAAAAAAUGUUGAAACGCACAAACACCGAUCAACAGUGAUUGCGGCUGUGGAAAAUAAAACACGAAGAAAACACACAAUUUGAAGGAGAAGACGAUAAAUAAUAAUAAACGAACAUAAAACAGAUGUACACGGUAUUGUGCGCUGUUCUGUGCUGUGCUUACAUACACACGAGUAAAAAAUCGAAUAGCGGUGUAUUUUGUAUUAAUUUUUCGUUUAUAAUUGAAAUAAAAUGACAAGAGAAAUUAAGUGACUGACACCUUAUCGUUUUAUUGUAUCGACUUAACUCAAAUACGAUCAGAGUGGCUUUGAAACGAUAUUCAUAAAAUAGCUCAAGCAGGCAAUGAAAAUAAUUCCACCCGAAAGAAAUAUUUUAUUUACAAAGUGAAAUUGAAGUGAUUUAAAAAAUUUCCAAAGAAAACCGCAAAAAAAAAUUUAAAAAAAAAAAAAUUGCUCGAGGUAAAAUAAUCAGUGUGUACGUGAACGUAAUUUUCCAAUAGAUCGAACCUCAAUCGAAUAAAAUUUAUACGGAAGAAGAACCAAAGUAUUUAGCAACAAUGACCGUUAGACCUUUUAUGGCUAUUUUGCCACAACAAACACAAGUCGGCGACGAAAUCGUUCUUAAAGGGAGAAUUAAAAACGACGCACAAAUAUUUUCCGUAAAUCUGACGCUGGAUUGUUGUCCGAAUCCACUUAAUAUUGCCUACCAAUUCAAAACCAAUUUUGUGGAAAAAUCAGUGUCGCAGAAUUACAAAAAAGUUGGCAUUUGGAAUGAAGGAACCGAGGAUGAAUUAUCAUGGAUUCAAGGACCCGGUCAAGAAUUUAUUAUAACGUUUCAUUUCGACGAUAACGAACUUUUAAUAUAUUCGGAAGAUGAGAAUCGAAAUUUUCUCUAUAAAUUCGACUACAAUUUUGAUAUUGGUGACAUUAAAGCCGUACAAAUAUGGGAUGACUUGGACUAUGUGACGGAGGUCAUAUACCGUUAUAAACCAAAUCAAUGAACCUCUCAUCAGGAGUAACAGUAACGAUGGACGUAGAAGAUAAAAAAAUAAUAAUAAUACAAUUGCAAAAUAUUGAACCUCCCGAAAAGGACACUGCGCCAAAACUAGACGAUGAAAUAUAAACGAGCAAUUAAACGCUUACACAACAAUCUCGUGUAUGAUUUGUCGGAAAAACAACAAAAACAACAAUCAAGUACAAUAUGAUUAUACUGUUUAUGUAGAACAAAUUAUUUUUAGUAGUAUUAUUCUAUAAGUUUCAAUCGAAUCAAAUUAAUAAAUUGAUCGAAUUGAUCAUCAACCGAA